CUUAUAUGCCAUUUCCUUUAGAUCUCUGGGAUUUGGAUGGAGGAUAAGUCUAGUGUCUGUUUUUUAAGAAGCUGAAUGCAUAACACAGACCUGUUAGUGGGCAGUGAGUUUUACUUCAGGAGCAAUGCAGGGGAAAGUUUUUGUUUCUGCAUUUUGUCUGCUGCUAGUUGUGUGCUGUAUGGUCUUAAGACAGUGGAUUACAGGUGAGAAAAGGACAUUAGAUGAUCUGAAGCAGUGGUCAGAUCCCAAGAGAAAUUGCUUCUAGUGAUGUCUCAGAUAGAAAAGAUCCCUGAGUAAGGUUUCAAUAAUUAAAAAAAAUAAAUUCAAAAUUCAGAACUUUCAGUGAAGUCUUCCAAACUGCCAUUUUUAAAGCACUUGUGUUGACUCUUAAAAGCUGUUUUACUUACGUUGGUAAGGCACUGAGGGGCACAUCUGGAAAGGAAUUAAUUUGAAUCACUUUCCUAAAUCUUACAGGAGUUGGAUGGUUAGAUAUCUCAACAGACUUUGUCUUGAAGCACUAUCGUAAGAAUGAUAGACAAGAAGGCAACAGAAAAAAUGUUUAGUGCGUUGUUUAGAUAAUGUAUGAUUAACGGAUGCUGUGUAUUAAGCUAAAGGACACAUUUGAUUAAUGAUCUGUUUGCUUAGUAUGCAAUUUCAGAAUAAGAGACUUCAUCAUAAAAUAGAAACAGGGAGCACAAGAGAUUGACUUGAAGUGGAAUAGGUUGUCCUAGCACGUAUCCACUUUGCUUUCUAACUGUAGUCUUUGAAUGAAAUUUUAAAUGCAGUUUCUCUGUGGAUAAUAUGUCUGACACUGUAGAUAUUCAGAAACCCCAGUGACAAAAAAUAUAGUGUCACGUAAACCUUUUUGUUGGCCAUGAUGGAUUUUCUUUGUUGCGCAGCUUUUUCAUUGUUACACUUUCAUGAGCACUUCUUCUGUCUGGUAGAAAUAAAUCUGGGAAUGGCUCUCAUACUGUGUGUGUAGAUAUUGCUGUCUAUGAAAAUGGUUAAAUUAGCUUUUUACUGCCCUCUUGUUGUAGUCAGUCACUGGUUUUAAGAACUGUUACAUUGCUUUUGGUGCCUUCAUUAAAUGCAUUUUUUUCCCCUGUGUUUCAGCUGUCAAUUAGAUGUUGAUAUGUAAAGCAAAAUGGCAAAAAUCAACACCCAGCACUCCUACCCUGGCAUGCAUGGACUGUCUGUCAGAACUACUGAUGAAGAUAUUGAAAGGAUUGAAAAUGGCUUUAUCAGAACCCAUUCACUGUGUGAGGAUACAUCUUCAGAACUGCAGAGAGUCAUUUCUAUGGAGGGAAGACAUCCAUCUGGAUCACAAACGAGCCCAUUCACAGGCAGGGGAGCAAUGGCAAGGCUGUCACGAUUUGUCGUAUCUCUGAGGUCGUGGGCCACAAGACAUCUACACCAUGAAGACCAAAGGCCUGAUUCUUUCCUAGAGCGUAUCCGAGGGCCAGAGUUUGUAGAGGUGUCCAGCAGGCAAAGUAACAUCCGCUCCUUCCUGGGCAUCCGUGAACAGCCUGGGGAAGUAAACAGUCCGUGGCCCUUGGCCAGGUUUAAUGUCAACUUUAGCAACAACACCAAUGAAGACAAAAAGGAAGAAAAGAAAGAGGUUAAAGAGGAAAAGAAGGAGGAAAAGAAGGAGGAAAAGAAAGAGGAAAAGAAAGAUGAUAAAAAAGAUGACAAAAAAGAUGACAAAAAAAAGGAAGAGCAGAAGAAAGAGGUCUUUGUGAUUGAUCCUUCAAGCAAUAUGUACUACAACUGGCUGACCAUAAUUGCAGCACCUGUGUUCUAUAACUGGUGUAUGCUUAUAUGCAGAGCCUGCUUUGAUGAGCUACAGAUUGACCAUAUUAAAUUAUGGCUGUUCCUGGACUAUUGCUCUGAUAUCAUCUAUGUUUUUGACAUGUUUGUCAGAUUCAGGACAGGCUUCCUUGAGCAAGGCUUGCUGGUAAAGGACGAAAAGAAGUUACGAGAUCAUUAUACCCAAACUGUGCAGUUCAAGCUGGAUGUGCUGUCUCUUCUGCCAACAGACCUGGCGUAUCUGAAGCUGGGUUUGAACUACCCCGAGCUGCGAUUUAACCGCUUGCUGAGGAUUGCUCGCCUGUUUGAAUUUUUUGACCGCACAGAAACCAGGACAAAUUAUCCAAACAUGUUUCGUAUUGGAAAUCUUGUCUUGUACAUUCUUAUCAUCAUCCACUGGAAUGCGUGUAUAUACUUUGCAAUUUCAAAGGUAAUUGGCUUUGGAACCGACUCUUGGGUCUACCCCAAUGUAUCCAUCCCAGAGUAUGGGCGCCUGUCGAGGAAGUACAUUUACAGCCUGUAUUGGUCAACGCUGACGCUAACAACCAUUGGGGAAACUCCUCCGCCUGUGAAGGACGAGGAGUAUCUCUUUGUGGUCAUUGACUUCCUGGUGGGCGUGUUGAUCUUCGCUACCAUCGUCGGUAACGUGGGCUCCAUGAUUUCCAACAUGAAUGCCUCCAGGGCGGAGUUCCAGGCCAAAGUCGAUUCCAUUAAACAGUACAUGCAUUUCCGAAAAGUAACGAAGGAUUUGGAAGCCAGGGUUAUUAAGUGGUUUGAUUACCUCUGGACCAAUAAGAAAACAGUGGAUGAAAAGGAAGUUCUCAAAAAUCUGCCCGACAAGCUGAAAGCUGAAAUUGCCAUCAAUGUCCAUUUGGACACACUGAAGAAAGUGCGUAUAUUCCAGGAUUGUGAAGCAGGACUGCUCAUCGAGCUGGUGCUGAAACUGAAACCUACUGUCUUCAGUCCUGGGGACUACAUAUGCAAGAAGGGAGAUAUUGGGAGGGAAAUGUACAUUAUAAAGGAGGGAAAAUUGGCAGUGGUGGCAGAUGAUGGUAUAACCCAAUUUGUAGUCCUGAGUGAUGGCAGCUACUUUGGUGAAAUCAGCAUCCUCAACAUCAAAGGCAGCAAAUCUGGCAACAGGAGGACAGCGAACAUAAGGAGUAUUGGUUAUUCGGAUUUGUUCUGCUUGUCUAAAGAUGAUUUAAUGGAAGCCCUCACAGAAUACCCAGAAGCCAAAAAGGCUCUGGAAGAGAAGGGCCGACAAAUUCUGAUGAAAGACAAUUUAAUAGAUGAGGAAGCAGCAAAAGCAGGAGCUGACCCAAAAGACUUGGAAGAAAAAAUAGACAGGCUUGAAACAGCCCUGGAUACGCUGCAGACGAGGUUUGCGAGGCUCCUGGCAGAGUACAGCUCUUCUCAACAAAAAGUUAAGCAGAGACUUGCCAGAGUAGAAACCAGAGUGAAAAAAUACGGUAGUGGCACCUUAUCCAUCGGAGAAGCAGAGCCUGAAAAACCUGAGGAGCAGAAAAAGGACUGAUAGAGUAUUUAUAUUUCA